CUAACAAUCAUAAGUAAUUGCUUUCUUCUUUAAAGUUUAAAUCUUUUUUCAACCAAACAACAUUCAUAUGAUCAAAUCCCAAACAUAGUUUAUUCAGUUAAAAAUGUCUUUUUUAUGCUGAUUGAUUAAUAGGGUUGAACUGUUUAUUCUGUGUUUUAUUUUGAUGAGUUCAUGCUCAGGAGACAAGCAAAACAUGCAUGAACAAACUGGUUGCUUUGAUCCCAACACAAUGGAUGAAGGUAUUCAAAAUUCUCUUAAAGAUAAUAACUUUUCCCAAACUCACCCAAAUCAAGUGGUUGAAGGUAAUACCAAUAAUAGUCUUGAAGAGAAUUUCAGGCCUUCUGAGGAGGGAUUCUCUUAUCAUAAUCAUAAUCCGCAGCACCUUGAUAACCAUUUGGUGCAAGAGGUGUAUCAGAACAACUCAACUUGGGAUCCUAAUGUUCAUGAGUUGCAAAAUAUGGAUUAUGCUAAUCACCAAGAACAUCACCAACUACAUGAACAACAGUUUCAACAAAUUGUUGAGCCGCAAAACCAUAACCAAACCUACAAUCCGUCGAAUAUACUCGACCCUCAUUACCCUUCACCUGAUCUUUUAAACCUUCUCCAUUUACCUAGAUGCUCGGCUUCAUCUUUUCUCACAAACCCGAAUCAAAAACCGCCAAAUUUUCAUAACUCGAUGAGUUUUCUUGGAGAUCUUCCGAUUGGAUCAUCGGACAAUACAAGUGGAUCGUCGGUUUUGUAUGAUCCUCUAUUUCCUUUGAACCUUCCUCCACAGCCACCGGCCCUCAGAGAGUUGUUUCAAUCUCUGCCUCGCGGGUAUAGCAUGCCGACUAGCUCGAGGAAUGGUUCUCUUUUCGGUGGAGGAGAUGAGAUGGAAGGAGAUGGAGACAUGGGAGUGCUGGAAUUCAAUAGGGUUGCUGCUAAUGUUGGUAAAGGAAGAGGAGGAAAAGCUACAAAACAUUUUGCAACAGAGAAACAAAGAAGAGAGCAAUUGAAUGGGAAGUACAAAAUCUUGAGGGGACUCAUCCCAAAUCCCACUAAGGUUGAUAGAGCAUCUGUGGUUGGAGAUGCUAUUGAGUAUAUAAGAGAGCUGAUUAGAACAGUGAAUGAGCUGAAACUAUUGGUGGAGAAGAAAAGACAUGGAAGGGAAAUGUGCAAGACACUUAAAGCUGAAGAUGCUGCUGCAGAAAGCUGUAACAUAAAGCCUUUUGGUGAUCCAAAUGGAAGCAUAAGGACUUCAUGGCUGCAGAGGAAAUCCAAAGACAGUGAGGUUGAUGUCCGGAUUGUCGACGAUGAUGUUACUAUCAAACUGUUUCAGAGGAAGAAAGUUAAUUGUUUACUGUAUGUCUCCAAGGUUCUGGAUGAACUUCAGCUGGAACUUCGCCAUGUUGCAGGUGGACAUGUAGGUGAAUAUUGCAGUUUCUUGUUCAACAGCAAGGUAAGUGAAGGUUCAUCGGUUUAUGCAAGUGCUAUAGCCAACAAGGUGAUUGAUAUUCUGGACACCCAAUAUGCUGCAGGUGUUCCAUAUACAAGUAGGCUGUAGUCAAUAUCAGGAACCAAAUGUCUCUUAAUUGG